UCGUUAUUGGCCAUGUGUGAGGGGAGUAAUGACAGAACUGCAAUAACUGAUAAAACCCCGAGGGCUGAUACGCCCAGCGGCUGACCAAUCAAAGGAGAACAUUAACACGCUGCAAAUGCAGUUACAUCAUCGCAUGAAGAAGUUGAGAUAAUAAACGUGGUCGAACACUAACUGCCAGAAAACACUAUCAAUUGGAUCCAGUGUAGUUUCUGUGAGCCAAGACCUUGACCUAAUAUUUGACCUGACAUUUUAUUGGCAGUAAUACAUCUGAGUGGCAUUAUGGCUGCCAGGGUUACAUCUGACCCACAAAUCUUUCUACCCAAACCACAACAUCAUUAACCUACAUCUAACAAUCUAAUCAACAAAUAUAACUGCCAACCCUUAAUAUUGCUCGCCAAUCAGGAGGUGCAUGCUGAAAAUACAUGAAAGAAUGCAUGCAAACUAGCAUGAAUUCAAAUUUCCUUUGAUUGUUGAAGCGCUUUAAUUCUAAAACUCAUCUCAAGAAAUGUGGGGGGGCCCUGCAUUACAGCAGCUUACAGGACAUUGAACGAAAGUAAGAUAGACGCAUAAUCUUUUCAUCGCAAAGCUUUGAAACCCACAAGCUCAGGAAAUGGCUCAUCAUUAAAAACAUGUAGCACAGCACUUCAAGAAGUCAGUGAACUGCACAGAAACACCACACGAGAUGAUAGCAUUUCAGGUGUGUGGUGGGUGUUUGUCAGCUGUCAUCAGGGCUGUCCUUAUCACUGAGUGUCUGCUGACUAGUGUGAGAGGAGAUGGAGCAGAUUCUACAGAGAAACUAGACAUUAAGUACGCUUUGAUCGGAGGUGGGAUCGGCCUGCUCUUGGCUGCUGGAUUUAUUAUUUUCAAGUUUUGCCUCAUCAGGAAGCAUGUCCGUGAUUACAACACAGAUGGGAGCAGGAAGACACCUUUAGAGCCACAGACUCAAAUGCUCCAUUUGGGCCAUCCCAUCCAACCAGAACAUCCCACUGAUUUGCAAGAUGAUGUGAACCCUUCAAACAUGGCUACUGGGUGAAAGGUCAACCAGGCGGCCUAUUCCUCCUACUUCUCUCGUUUUGCGGCUCGAACCUAGAUCUGCUUUACGCAUGUAAUUGAACCUCAAUAACGUGGCAUUAUGGUUUUCAUAAUAAGCGUCCGUCUGAAGACUUGUAAUAAUGCCUUUUUAUUUGGGUGUGGAGUUGUGUUGUAUAAACAAGGUUUCAGCCAUGAAAAAAAAAAAAAAAGCCUGAAUAUGUGUGUAUUUGUGUUUUUACGUUUCACUCUCUGAGGAAAAUCAAACCGCUCCACUGACACACAUAAUGCACAUAGCUCCACUCAGCAGAAAACCUCUGCACUAACGAGCACUUUAUACAUUUUCCACAAGGGGGCGAUAUUUACCUCCAAGAAAG